GACUACGGGCACCUCCAGCGGCGCCUGGACAACGUGGAGAACCUCCUGAAGAACAGGAACUUCUGGAUCCUGCGCCUGCCCCCCGGCUCCCGGGGAGAGGUCCCCAAGCCCAGAGAGUUCCGUGGCUCUCUGAUGCUGAAGGCCGUGGAGCCCCAAUGGCUGCGAGAUCUUUGGCAAGUCCUGGUGUGCGUCAGGGUGCCGGUGACGUUCGACGAUGUCUCGGUGUACUUCAACGAGCAGGAGUGGGCGAGGCUGGAGCGCUGGCAGAAGGACCUGUACCGGGCUGUGAUG